AUGGCAUUUGCUUUAUAUGUUCUUGGGGCAUCAAUGUUUGUCUCUCCAGGAGUGACUGCAUACACUCGAGCUGGCACUGGAGGUGGUGGCUUUGGUUUGAGAUCUCUGUUGGUCAAUACAGACAAUGCAACUGGGUUUGAAGGAAUUGGUUUAUCAUUGAAAGCCAUAUGUAAAAGGAAUGAAUCAGACUUUAUUCUGGACAUCAUUACAUGGGUGGACUCAAUAAUGGUAAAUCAUACAUUUCUUAAUGUUGCUAAGUAUCCGGUUGGAAUAGAGUCUCGUGUACGAGACAUUUAUCAGCAUUUAAGUUUGGAAAGGAAUGAUAUUACAUGCAUGGUGGGGAUAUUCGGAUCCGGUGGAAUUGAUAAUGUGGAUGAGUUGAAACAACUAGAAACAUUAGCCGGAGAUCAUAGAUGGUUUGGUCCAGGAAGUAGAAUCAUCGUAACAACAAGAGAUCAAGAUUUAUUAAAUAUCUCUAAAGUUGAUUCAAAAUACGAGUUGAAGUUUUUGGCAUACAAUGAAGCUCGUAAACUCUUUAGCUUGCAUGCUUUUGAGAAAGAAGAACCACUUGAUAGUUAUGCAGAAGUCUUUGAACAAAGUGUACUUCAAGUAAGUUAUGAUGGACUAGAGGAACGUGAGAAGGACAUGUUUCUUGAUAUUGCAUGUUUCUUCAAAGGAGAACCUUUGGCUGAUGUCAUUACAAUAUUUGAGAGUUGUGAUUUCCAUCCUAAUUAUGGUAUCCCGAAGCUUAUAGACAAGUGUCUUAUCACUGUUGGGUAUUAUAUUUGGAUGCACGACUUGCUACAGGAUAUGGGCAGAGAAAUUGUCAGAAAGGAAUCACCCAAACAACCAGGCGCACGUAGUAGAUUAUGGUUUCAUGAAGACAUUCGCUAUGUACUAGAGGAAACUACUGAAUUGCAAAUUCUGUGGUCUGAAAAUUUAGUUGAAGUUCAUGAUUCUGUUGGAUUUCUCGAUAAGCUUGUUGAUUUGGGUCUUUAUGGAUGCCCUAACCUGAAGAGUUUUCCAAGGCGUCUCAAGUUGAGAUCUCUAAGAUACCUUACACUUCAUAAAUGUUCAAAACUUCAAAACUUUCCACAAAUCGAGUGUAAAAUGGAACUUUUAAGUUCCAUUCGUUUGGAGGGCACUGCAAUAAAAGAAUGGCCUUCAUCCAUUAUUGGGUACCUCACUCUUGCUCUUAAUUUGUUAUCUCUGAAACAAUGCGUUCAUCAGUUGCAAAAUCAAAAUGAGCUUUGUCUUAGUGCCUACUCUAUAAUAUUGCUUGGAGAAGAUGAACCGGAUUCAUCCAUUAAUGGAUGCUUCACUGGGAUUGAACAUUUAUCUAUAGAAGGAAGCCUCGUGGACUUGGUGCGACUCCCAAUCAGCGUUCCUCAUUUACAACAUCUAAAGAGUCUUUCUCUCGCUAAUCAUCCAAAUCUUGCAAUACAUGAAAUACAUUCAUCCAUUGGGUACCUCACUGGGCUUAAAAAGUUGCGCCUAACAAGAUCCCUAUUCUUUGAUGGGUAUCCGUCGCCGGUUUUUAAUAAUUGGUAUCUUGAUGGCUUUUCAAUUUAUUGUUCAUCCACUUUGCAAGAGUUAGAUCUAUCUCAAAGUGGUAUUGUUAGGCUUCCUCCGAGUAUCGAAAGCUUUGUUGAAUUGAGGAUUCUCAAAUUGUGGGAAUGCUACAACCUUAAAGAAAUUCUAUAUCUUCCACCAAAUAUACGAGAGCUAGAUGCUAGUGAGUGUUUCUCCUUGGAAAGAUUCCCAGAAGCAUCAACAAAAUUUCAAUUCAAUACAUGUGGCUUACGAGAGUUAAGAUGUUGCCAUAAAUUGGUUGCAAAUAUAGGGCGUCAAGUGCCAAAUCCUUCAUUUGUUGAGGGAAUAAGAUUCCAGAUUGGUUUAGCCAUACUAAGGUCAAAUAGUCAUUCCUGGGAAUUGGAUAUUAGUGGGCCCUUGUAUUUGGAUGAAAUCAUAGGAUUUGUUUUCUGUGCUGUUCUUGGAUCCGACCCGGAUGGAUCAUAUGGAGUGUUGGCCGAUAUUUGUGUUUCUAUAAACGGUAACAGACUUGUAGAAUUAACAGAUUUUUACAUAUAUGAUGGCUACGAUUAUGCAGACUGGGAUGAUGGAGUCUGGGAUCAUGUAUAUCUAAACUACUCAUUUCCAAAAUCUAUCGAGCAAUGCUAUGGUGUUGACAGUGAUUUCGCAGAAGCAGAAGGAGGCUCUGAGGGAAGUUUGAAAGAAGAAGUACUUGCCCCUCGAUCUGUGCCCCAAGAAGGCUUGGACAAUUUGGAGAAGGCUUACUUGGCACCAGGUGUUGUUCGUGAUAUGGUUGUUGGUGCAGGGGGUUUAAGCAUUGCAGAUUAA